AUGCGCACCGCUCACUGGUUCAUCGACAUCCUGUCAAACUUUGUGCUCCGUGUCUCGGAGCAGAGACCUCCUGCCAAUAACGACGCUGGCGACGGCUCAGAGGAGUCAGAAAUUGUCCGUCUGGUACAAAACCUCAAGCAUGUCCUGCACCCAUAUACCCAGCUCCACCACACCUGUGACGCCACCGAGCCCCUUCAGAAGAUUGACAAUUCCCUCUCUCCGCAAGAACACACCCUCAUUGCGGUCAUGAGCCUCAUCCACGACGCUCUUGAGGUACUAAUACCCUUGAGAGACCGUCAAAUCGUCAGUAUCAGAAAAUUGUCGGGCGCAAAGCCGAUCCUCCAGAGAGCUGGGCUCGCUUCCUGCCUCAGUGAUGCCAGAAUCAAGGCUCAGCAGACUGCUAUCGAUGUUCUGAAUCUUGAGGAGUGGCUGAUGGAGUACAACAAAAUGCCCAUCAUCGCGUUGGAGAUUGUGGAAUCCUAUGGAAGAUUCAUGAAGUCAUCUUUGCUGACAGAGAUACCUUUGGAAACCUCACUCACGCUCAAAGACAACACUCUCAGCGCAAUACUGAAGUCUCUAUAUAACAGCUCAGACCAUUUUUGUUUUCUGUUAUGGCACUACGACGCCUUGGCUGUCAAAGUGUGGUCCCUGAACCCCCUUGAGCAUCAUAAUCACCGGUCCCGUCGUUAUUCCAGCGCUUGCAGCUCAAGAAUGAUGGCAGCGCGGAAGACUUGUUCUACGAGUGAGCUACGGACAUGGACGUUGAGCAAGGCACUGAGGAGAGCUCUCUUCUCAACCUGCAUUCAGAUCAAGGAUGAAAUUCUAUACAACAUCACUGACAAGGUCGUCUAG